AUGAAGUUUGUUGCUGCCUAUCUGCUUGCUGUCCUCGCUGGUAACAAUGACCCCUCUGUGGAGGAUCUGAAAACUAUUCUGGAGUCAGUUGGUGCUGAGAUUGACACUGAUAAGAUGGAACACCUGCUGUCCCAAGUGAGUGGCAAGGACAUCACUGAGCUCAUUGCUGCCGGUAGGGAGAAGUUUGCUUCUGUCCCUUGCGGUGGUGGUGGUGGUGUUGCUGCUGCAGCAGCUGCCCCUACUUCUGGUGGUGCUGCUCCUGUAGCUGAGAAGAAGGAAGAGAAGGUGGAAGAGAAGGAAGAGAGUGAUGAUGACAUGGGCUUUAGCCUGUUUGACUAA